UGGGGAGCGCCCCUUCCCCAUCCUGCCCCGUGAAAGGCCGCUUUGCCCAAGUGGGGUAUUUCCAGCUUUGCGGCUUUCACUUCCACAUCUGCCAGGUGGGCGGAGUGUCCUCUUGUGGACGAAUCAAAUUCCUCCUCGGCACCAACUUCAAGAGGUGAGCCUGGGGUUCAGGGUCCCAGACACACAGGCAGCGGCAGCAGCAGCAGGAGCCUUGGGGAGGAGCCAGAGCCAUGGAUGACCAGCGCGACCUCAUCUCCAACCAUGAGCAAACGCCCAUGCUGACCCAGCGCCCAGGGGCCCCAGAGAGGAAUUGCAACCGCGGAGCGCUGUACACAGGCUUUUCUGUCCUGGUGGCUCUGCUCCUGGCGGGCCAGGCCACCACCGCCUACUUCCUGUACCAGCAGCAGGGCCGGCUGGACAAGCUGACGGUCACCUCGCAGAACCUGCAGCUGGAGAGCCUGCGCAUGAAGCUUCCCAAGCCUCCCAAGCCUAUGAGCAAGAUGCGCAUGGCCACCCCCUUGAUGAUGCAGGCGCUGCCCAUGGAAGGCCUGCCCCAGGGGCCUAAGCAGAAUGCCACCAAAUACGGCAACAUGACACAGGACCAUGUGAUGCACCUGCUCCUGAGGGCCGACCCCCUGAAGGUGUACCCGCAGCUGAAGGGGAGCUUCCCAGAGAACCUGAAACACCUCAAGAGCACCAUGGAGGGCCUGGACUGGAAGGUCUUUGAGAGCUGGAUGCACCAGUGGCUCCUGUUUGAGCUAAGCAAGAACUCCAUGGAGGAAAAGCCCACUGAGGUCCCGCCAAAAGCACUGACCAAGUGCCAGGAAGAGGUCAGCCGCAUCCCUGCCGUCCACCCAGGCAUGUUCCGUCCCAAGUGCGACGAGAACGGCAACUAUAUGCCGCUCCAGUGCUAUGGGAGCAUCGGCUACUGCUGGUGCGUCUUCCCCAACGGCACCGAGGUCCCCCACACCAGGAGCCGCGGGCACCAUAACUGCAGUGAGCCACAGGACAUGGAGGACCUGUCUUCCGGGCUGGGCCUGACCAAGCUGGAGCCGAACCUAGUCGUGGUGUGAGAACAACAGAGGCGGUCUCCAGUACCCAGCCAGCCCUGCGCGACCACAGCUUUCUUGUUCCCCUCUGCCCCCCAACUCUAGCCCCUCCCUCACUUCCCACCCUGCCACCCUGCCACCCUGCCCCUCAUUCCAUGAGACUCUAGCGCCUGGCUCUCCGUCUUCCUCGGACAUGACAAAUCAAGUCACAACAGCACAGAGGCAGCAGGGCCCUGCUGCCCAACCCUCACCUGUCAACAGAGACACAAAGCCUGAGGUGGACUGAAAGCUAGGUAGACCCCCAUUCCUGACAUCACAGCAGCCUCCAACAUGGGGCUCUGAGAUCCCAUGGACGAGGUGGAAAGGCACAGGGAAAAGGGACAACCCUACCCCCAACCCCAGGCUGGACACAUUUGCUGCCCACCUGUCCCCUCUGGCCUCAGCUUUUCCAGCCUGGAUGAGCUACCCUCUCCCCUCUCCCUGGCAUCACUCCCCAAGGAGAGCUCAGCCUCUCCACCCACAACCCUCCUCACUCUCUGCCAACCCGAGUGCCCUCUGCUCAGCCAGCUUGUCAUCACCCUCAGGGCCACGGCUCAAGUAACAAUAAAAGGUAGUGAGUAGAACA